CAUAUGGAUCUGUGUAUGCUCUGAGCAGGUAUCGUCUGGAAAUUGGCUCGGUGGAGAAGUGUAGAAAAGCAGACAGCUUUGGAUAACGACAAACAAAUACAAGGAAUAUUCUAUACGGUGUGUAUGCCACAUAGCAAGAGAAUCAUCAUGAAGUUCCCUCGUCAGGAGGCCUCCAGGACCUUCAGUAUGGACAAAAACUCUGCAGCUGCAGAGUCCAAGGUGCUUCACCUGAAAAGCUCCCCAGUCAAAGAACCCCCUCCCUGCAAACCACUAGUUACACCUGCAGAUGUGACCCUAGUUUUAUCUCACAACAAUGAUACCAAAGCCGUCCACAAUAAAGAGAACAACACCAAUGGUAAGGACAUUGACAGAAUUGUGGGUGAAAGACUGGAGGACAGUGGCUACCUGUCUCUUCAUAACAGCCAGAUUGAAGAAGAGGAUGACCACUUCCACGUGCAAGCUCCCACAACCCUGCCCCCUUCUGCUGCUACGCACCAACAAAAGACGAUUUCACCAAAGCCAUCUCCUACUAAAUGUCAAGGGAGGAUGGAUUCCGUGUCUCCAGUGGCCUCAACUCCUGUGCUGCGUCAGAAGAGAGUGGAUACGUACUCCAUGUCAUCCACUCCAUCCGACAGCAACAACAACCCCUACCUGCCCAUACUGAAGUUUGAACAGGCCGUGUGUGAGGAGCUUGCCAAGAGCUUUCAGAAAACAAAGAGGUAUGACUGGAGUGUUAUCACAAAGGUAGCAGAGGACCACCUUUUGGAUCGAGUGAUUGGACGCCAAAUGGGCCUAGCGUACAUUGACAUAUUUUCAUCUCUGCUGACCAGGAACAUGAGAGGCAUUCUGACCUGCAUUCUGGCCCUGCUGGGAGACAUGGACCUUAUUAGCUGUCAAAAAGUGAGCAAAACAUGGAGAAAAAUCAUCUGUGAGGAUUCAGCAGCUCUGAAGAGGUGUCAGCAAGCUGAACAGGCACUCAGGGAGUCAGGCAGCUCCCUGAGGCAAAAGACUUCGGGUUUGACCAGAGAUGUGGCGGUGUCCAGGAUGGUAUUGUCAUGUGUGCAGAGUCUGGCAUCACCAAACGUUUCAUCAUCUUCACCCUUGUCAUCCAUCCAGAGCUGUAAGAACAACAGGCUGUUGGAGUCCUCUAGUAAAGGCAGAAUGCCCAACACCGAUUGUACACGCUUUAAAGAAUAUGUAGAGGCUGCCAGCACUCUGAAGCAGCAUGAGUCUCUGCGUCACUGCAAACGUUGCAAUUCACCUGCGACACAUUUCCCUGAGACUCAGAGAGCAACAUGUACAAGACUGAGCUGUCUGUUUGACUUCUGCACACGCUGCCAGGAAGGUUUCCAUGGCUCAAUGCCCUGCAGAGUGGUCCAGCCCCGUCCCCACUUCAACACCUCCAAGACGACCACCAUAUUACCAGGGAGCGCUCGUAGCAAGAGGAACAUCAGACGACUGUGAGAAUUCCUCAAUGUAGUUUUAUUGAAUUUUGUUUUAAAUGGAGGGAUCGUCAUCAGUUGGACUGGCUUGUUUUGGAGCUAAAGGAUGUUACAGGAAAUCUGUCUGAAAAUGGUUUCAACAUAUGCAAUGUGGCAGUAUGUAAUGAUGUUGCGUGCAGAAUUAUCACCUUGGCCAAUAGAAGGACCAAAGUGAAGAACUUCUUAAAACACAAUGGACAAUCGAGCACAAAGUUUUAGUGAGCAGCAAACAUCUGCCAAAAAAGAAAUACAAAAUCAUGCUUUAAAUUGUAUAAAUGUAUAUUUUAAAAUGAAAUGGAUGUACAUAUGUUGAAUUAUUGUUUUAAAGAGUUUUAUACAUUUUUUAAAUAAAUGUUUAACCUUUAAAAAGG